AAUGCCAGCUCAGGAGCUUCUAGUAGGGACACCACCUGUGAAGCCCUCAUAACAGCCAACCUCUUGCAACCUCCAAGCUGAGGGCCUCAUUGGCCGGGGGGGAGGAGGGACCCCCUCCCUAGGAAACCACAAGAUUCUUGUAGAGAAGGGAUCCAGAGCUCUGGACAGCCGGUGGCAAUCAUGUAGGCGCCAUGGAGACUGCUAUGUGUGUUUGCUCUCCAUGUUGUACAUGGCAGAGAUGUUGUCCUCGAUUAUGCUCCUGUCUGUGCUGCAAGUUCCUCUUCACCUCCGAGCGGAACUGCACCUGCUUCCCCUGCCCUUACAAGGACGAGCGCAACUGCCAAUGCUGCCACUGCACCUGCUCCGAGAACCCCAACUGCCACUGGUGCUGCUGCUCCUGGGCCAAUGACCCCGACUGCAAGUGCUGCUGCACGACCAGCAGCAACCUCCAGUGUUACUACUACGAGAGCCGCUGCUGCCGCAAUGCCUCCAUCACGUUCCACAAGGGCCGCCUCCGGAGCAUCCGCACCUCCUCCAAGACCGCACUGCGCAUCGGAAGCAGCGACACCCAGGUGGAUGAGGUGAAGGCGACGCCCGCGAACAGCAACCUGGUGGACCAUCUCUCGUGCCCCAUGUGCAGCCGGCUGCGCCUGCACUCGUUCAUGCUGCCCUGCAACCACAGCCUGUGCGAGAAGUGCCUGCGACAGCUGCAAAAGCACGCCGAGGUCACCGAGAACUUCUUCAUCCUCAUCUGCCCCGUGUGCAGCCGCUCGCACUGCAUGCCCUACAGCCACAAGAUGCAGCUGCCCGAGAACUACCUGCGCGGGCGCCUCACCAAGCGCUACAUGCAGCAGCACGGCUACCUCAAGUGGCGCUUCGACCGCUCCUCCGGGCCCAUCGUCUGCCAGGUCUGCCGCAACCGGCGCAUCGCCUACAAGCGCUGCAUCACCUGCCGUCUCAACCUGUGUAACGACUGCCUCAAGACCUUCCACUCGGACGUGGCCAUGCAGGACCACGUCUUCGUGGACACCAGCACCGAGGACCAGGAUGAGAAGAUCUGCAUCCACCACCCGUCCAGCCGCAUCAUUGAGUACUGCCGCCACGACAACCAGCUGCUCUGCACCUUCUGCAAGACGGCUUUCCACAGCGGCCACGAGACCGUCAGCCUCAUCGACGCCUGCUCUGAGAGGGCCGCCGCGCUCUUCAGCGCCAUCGCCAAGUUCAAAGCAGGUCCUGGUCCCCUUCCCUCUCCUGCACAGUAA